GCGCCUCUCUUUUUUUCGUUCCCCAGUCAGAUCUCGCAAGCCAGCAUGCCAGCCGGUUGAAAUUUGAAAACGUACGAGUGCGAGAUCUCGCGUGUCAGAUCACCCGCGCCGCCUCGCCGUGGGCUCCCCGUCUCGGCCCUCCCCGCCGCCGCCGCCGCAGCCCACGCCUCGCCGUCUCGGACCUCGCCUCCGCCUCGCCGUCUCGGACCUCGCCUCCGCCUCGCCGUCCGUCUCGGUUUCUCCCCGCCGCACGCCGAUCUCCCGGUGAACUUUGUUCGUUCCCAGAGCCCAGAGCCUGUAAGUAAUCAUCAAUCUACGUUGUUUUGACAAAAUCCCGAAGACUUAUCCAUUAUAUCUACUGCUGUUGAUCCUCGCCGGCGAGGCCUGCUGCGCUCGCCAUCUCGGGCCUCGUUGCCGCCGCAGCCCUCGCCGCUGUGAUUGCCCUCACCGCCUCGACAUCUCGCGCCUCGCCGUCCAUCACGGACCUCCCACCCGCCGCACGUUGAUCUCCCGGGGAAGCUUGGUUCGUUCCUAGACCUCAUUGAUCUACACACGCAGGGCUUGCUACAACAUGUGAAAGCAGAUGGAUCCUCUGAACGAUACUAGAGAUGAGCAAAGGGAGGAGAAGAACAGGAAGUGGCGUGAGUCGUAUCAACAGGAAAAAGUCUGUGCUGCCUCGAUGACUGAUGAGCAAAGGGAGGAGAAGAACAGGAAGUGGCGCGAGGCAUAUAAGAGGAAGAAGUGUCAUGCACACAAGAAGGAAAAUAUGCCAGUGGAUUCAUAUACAGGUAAUCCUAUUACUAAUGCAUCCAACGUAUGCGUUAUUUCUGCAAUGGCUGAGCAUACAUCAAAUUUUGCUUUGCUCAAUCGGGGAAGUGAAAAUAUUCUGACUCCUCUGAAGACAGUUGACAAAAAUAAUGAAAGAAAUAAAAAGUGCCGUGAAGCUUAUCAGAAAAGGAGUGUUGAAACACAGAACAAAUCAAUUCCUGCAGGUUUGCGUUUUAGACCCAUGUUUGCACUACUUUUUUCUGUAGAUUCGCCCUCGGUAAACUUGGUGAAGCCUAAUUUCACCAACGGCUGCACAGAUGUCCCACCAGGUUGGAAAGGGAUUGGUGAGUGUCAGCUCAGAAGUUCACAUUGCAGCAUGACCACCGUGUUGAGUGUCAGCUAAAAGAAACUGCAGAUGUUUAGUGUUCGGUUGGAUCAAAAAAUCACUGCUUAUCAACCACUAUUUACCAAUGUUCAAUGUUCUGUAUCUGUCCUGUUGAUAUAUACAUGGAGACGCUGGUCCUCGAGGUGGCAUGGAGCAGUAGAUUAUUUAAUUUAAUUUAAAAUUAUUAUGCUGAAGUUUGCUUGCUUGUGAAUAUUGAUGGGCAUUAUUGUAUCA